CUUCUUUUCGCUUCUCCUCUCGUCAACCUUUUUUACUUUUUUGUUGCUUUUCUUCUUCUCUUUUCCCUUUUCCCUUCAAGGGGGGCCCUUGCUUCUCGCAAGCCUAGCAUCGAUCAUCCCCCUCCCCCGCGAACGGCCUUCCAGACCGCACGGCCUCCUCUCGAACCGCCCACUUUUGUUCGCGAUAUAAUAGAGGCAAAGAGAAAGACAACUUCUCCUCCCAUCGACCAAGAAUAUGGCGGGUUCUUCGACUCCAGGCACUGAGGGGCCUACAUUUGCGCCCCCGAGCCUGCCAGCGGGCUGGAUCGCUCAGUGGGACGGCUCCAGCAGAAAGUACUACUACGUCCAGCUGGCCACGGGCGUCUCUCAAUGGGACAUUCCCACGGAUCCCGUUCAGACGGGCACGCCAGUUCCAGGCAGCGAGCACCCCUAUGGCUCACCGGCGCCGCAAGUCAUCACACACCCGGACGGCUCGCAGACGAUCAAACAUGCCGAUGGACGCAUGGAGCCCAUCAUGCCAGAUGGCAGGGGUCCUGACGGCCCUGAUGGUGACCGAGGACUUGGGUCAAUGGCUAUGAAUAUGCUCAUGGGUGGCAAGGGCUCUGGCGGCCACGGCAGCAGCGGCGGCUCUGGCGGCGGAAACCCCCUCGGCGGUCUGGCUGCUCAGUUCCUCGGAGGCGGUUCGCAUGGAAGCAGCGGAGGCGGUAGCGGCGGUGGUAAGGAUUCCAUCGCGGGAAAGCUGGUGGGACAACUGGCGUCGAACCUGUUCUCGCCUUCCAGCGGUGGAAAGCCUUCGCAGUCGCAGAACUACCACGGCGGCUCAUCAGGCAGCGGCCAGCAUCAGCAGGGUGGGCAUCAGCAGGGUGGUCUGGCCGGCGUCGUGGGUGGUGGUUUGGCCUCCAUUUUUGGAGGAGAGAAGCCAGGUCACGGUAACCAGAGCUAUGGCUACUCGAAUUCCGGCUCGGGCGGUAAUACAUACUCUGGACAAGCACCCACUUACAACCCUCCCGGAUCUACUCACGGCGCAACCCCAUCGUCGUCACAUACGGGCACACACCAAAGCCCACCCUCUGGCAAUCACCAAAACUCCUUCCCUCCACCCCCUUCAGGAGCACCACCUGGUGGCCAAACUUAUGGGCAUCAGUCAUAUGGCAGCCAGUCCUACUCGCAUAGCCCGGCGCCUGCUCCCAGCCCGUACGGCGGAUCGCACGACCAGCAUGGCGCACAACAUGGCGCACAGCACGGGGCUGGCGGCUAUACCCCCCAGCAGCCAAGCUAUGGCUCUCCUUCUCACCAGCAAGGCUACGGAGCUCCCUCCCCUAGUGGACAUCAACCGAGCUAUGGCGCACCUGGAGGCCAACAGCAGCAGUACCCCCCGCCUCCCGGACAUCAACAAUCGUUCCCUCCACCCCCUGGACAGCACCAGCAAUAUCCUCCUCCACCAAGCGGCGGACCACCCGGCGGCUACAACCCAUCGUAUGGUACCCCAGGUGGCCAGACCUAUAGUCAGCAGCCUUACCAGCCAGGCCCUCCUCCUGUGCCUCAUGGUAGCCACCCAAGCCAAGGAGGAUAUGGCGGUGGCUACUAAAGGGCUUUCCGCGCUGCGUCGUAUAUUUUCUCUUGGUGAAGAAGAAUGCAUGAAUUCUUGUGUGUGUUUGUUCAUUGAAUACGGGGUUCCUGAGAAGAUGACCAUUUUACCGCGACUGACUAGCAUCAUUUGCUCGCCAAGAAAGGGCCGGAUCUAUAAUUUCACGUACGAAUAAUGCGGUGACAUUAGGGAGGUGGUGGAUCUUAAAAAAAAAGUAACGCGCGGUAUGGCAUGAGAGGUAGAAUUAUGAUGAUAUAAG